AUGUCACCAGCUGCUGAGCAAAAGCUUCCGUCUUUCGACAAAGCCUUUGCCGAGGCCCUUUGCGACCUAGAAAUACCCAAAACAAUUAGGUUUUCUCCCGAUGGCAGCAAGAUUCUCUACUCGACCAGUUUAACUUGGGAACACUGCAAGGGCAAGAACCCGGUGUCGACUUUGUGGUUGGCAUCGACUCUUGAAGCAGGGUCUUCACGGCAGCUUACAUCAGGACUUUUUGAGGAUACCAACCCACGUUGGCAUCCCUCUGGAGAUCGAGUCGCCUUCAUUUCUGACCGAGCCAAAGCUGGCGAGAGCUCGGCCGUAUGGAUUCUCACUGUCGCUGGAGAUGCCGCAGGAGCUGAGCCGUACCCCCUUACGCCACCGGACAAGACACAAGACAUCGAGGCUAUUGAGUUUUGCCCUAGCGGUGACUCGAUUCUUUUCUUCUCCCCGGACGAAAAAUCCGCAGAGCUUAAGACCAAAGAAGAUGACGACGAGACAGAUGCUCAGGUAUGGGGAGAGACGUGGGAGCAAGCCCGGCUUCGCAUUGUUGAUGUUGCCACCAAGGAAAUUAGGGUCCUUACCGACAAUGAUAGGCACGUCACAGGUGCGUGCUGGAGCCCAGAUGGAAAGACUAUUGCAUUCAAGAGCAGCAAGAAUCCGUACAUUGAGGAGCCUCUGCUAUCUGGAACGACCAUCUCGGUGGCGAGUAGCGCAGGCGGCGACAUCAGAGAUCUUUGUACGCUGUAUAAUGAAGUAGAGAAUCUCUGUUGGGCAAGUGAUGGAAAACUGUACUUCAUCACUGGUACUCCAGACAAUGUGUCUUGCGCGGGACAGGCUGUCUACUCCAUUGACCCAGCGGCCACCACUCCUCAACAUAUAAAAGUGGCGUCUGGAGAAGACGAUGACGCCGACUCACUCAGGAUCUCAGGAAACAAGAUAGCAGUUGGUCUCACCCACAGACUUGACACGUGGAUCGGUGAACUGGGGAAGAGUCCAUCCUUUAAGAUAGACAGAGGCGUCGAUGCUUGGGAUAUUCAGUUCCAAAAAGAUGAGAACGGCCACGUCAAGCCACUCAUAGCAGCUGCCAUGUCCGAUGUCAACCACCCCUCCGAAGUGUUUACCAUCAUUGACGGCGGAAAGGAUGUGAUUAAGCUAUCCAAUCACGGUCAUCGCUUCGAAAACCGCAAAUUUGGAUUGUUCAAUGUCUUGAAAUGUCCCUCUUCAGAUGGCGAGGUUGAACUUGAUGGUGUAUGGAUAACGCCCGUGUCUCUGGAGAAACCGUCAACGGGAUUUCCGACAUUCGUCAUGAUACAUGGUGGACCAGCGGACCGCAACUGCAAUGAAUUCAACGCCCACUACUACAUGUGGGUGCCUUACGUCCUCUCCAAAGGCUACGCAGUGUUGCUCCCGCAGUAUCGUGGUUCUAUCGGCAGAGGUGAAGCCUUUGCGGCAUGGAGCUUGGGAGGGGUUGGAGUUCACGACUAUGCCGAUGUCAUCACUGUCACAGACAACGCCGUCAAGCUUGGCCUCGCUGACCCAAAGAGACUACUGGUAGGGGGCUACAGUCAGGGUGGAUUUCUGACAUACCUCUGCAGCGUUCGUAACGGACUCCAUGGAUACGGUUGGCGUUUCAAUGCAGCUAUUGCGGGUGCAGGCAUCUGUGACAUUGACAGUCUCCCACUCACGGCUGACUCCGGAUCCUCGUUUGACCGCGAACUCAACAACGGUAAACUGGUGUGGACAAUGGACUGUGAUGACAUUGGUAACCGAAAAGCAAGUGCACUAUGGGAAGUUGCCUCCGCCGUGGGCAAGACUCGCAAGACUGGUGAGAUGAUUAUUCCGCCUAUGCUGAUCCUCCACGGUGAGGCAGAUUUGAGAUGUCCAUUUUCCCAGGCUGAGGGAUUCCGCCGCGCAUUAAGGGCUCAUGGAUUGCCUUGUGAGUUUGUCAUGUAUCCCCGGCAGGAGCAUGAGAUGAAGGAGCAGAAGUUUUGGGUGGAUAUGUUGGAGAGGAUUGGAAGAUGGUGCGACAUGUACAUUGGACAGUGA